GUCACGCUGCGCUGUGCCGGUGACGUCACGCCAUGGCGGCCUCGUUCCACCCGCGCGCGGGGCGCCUCGUCUCGCUGAGCAACGGGGGCCGCACGGCGCGGCGCCUCCGAGCCGCGCACGAGUUCAACCACGGCCUCGUGAUGAGCCGCGAGCCGCUGCGGGACGGGCAGCUCUUCCAGAUCCGCAUCGACCGCAAGCUCAACUCGUGGAGCGGCUCCCUCGAGGUGGGGCUCACAUCCCGGGACCCUGGCCAGGAAGCGAGCGAGCUGCCGAGCAGCGCCACGACGCUGCGGGGCGGCGCCUGGCUGCUGUCGGGCUCCUGCGUGUUGCACGACGCCAAGACGCUGCUCGAUGCAUACGGGCGCACGCACGCCGAUGAGUGUGUGGACCUGGACUCGCUGGAGGAGGGAGCGCUGGUUGGGGUGCAGAGGACAGCUGCAGGCGAGUUCCACGUGUGGCUCAACGGCCACGACUGUGGGGUGGCGGCCACAGGCCUCCCCUCCCCCGUGUGGGCCCUCAUAGACCUCUACGGCAAGUGCACACAGGUCACUGUUGUGGAUGAUGAACGACCACAACAGGCAGCCGAUCACCCACCAGAAGCCUCCCCCUGUCUGCCGUCUGCCGCUCCUCCGCCGGACAACGUCUCCGCAUCGCGCACGGAGAGUCGCCGCAGUGGCGCGGCGCGGCACAGCACUCGGGCGGCCUCCACCUCCUCCUUGGCGGCAGUGGCAGUGGACGCAGGGUUGACAGUGGCGGUGGACGUGCACGGCUCGGCACCACUCGGCUUCGCGCUCGCCUCGUCGUCGUCCGCCUCCCUCCUCUCGGCUCCUGCCCACUCCUGGUCCAGCCCCCCGACGCCCCAUGCGCCUGUGUCGGCCUGCAACGACGCACUGCUCUUCCACGCAAAGUGCGGUGCCCUCAUCCGCCUGAGCAACAAUCAGAAGACGGCCGAGCGGCGGCGGCCAUUGGAUGAGUUCAACAAUGGCGUCGUGCUCACGAACCGGCCGCUUCGCCAUGGAGAGACGUUUGAGAUCCGGAUAGACCGACUGGUGGACAAGUGGAGUGGCUCUCUAGAAAUUGGUGUCACGACACAUGACCCCAACAGCAUGGACUAUCCAGCCACAAUGACCAACAUGAUGUCAGGUACAAUCAUGAUGAGCGGCUGUGGGAUCCUGACAAACGGGAAGGGGACGCGGCGAGAGUACUGUGAUUUCAGCCUCGAUGAGCUGCAGGAAGGGGAUCACAUUGGCUUAAUUAGGAAAACGAAUGGCGAGCUUCACUUUUAUGUUAACGGCUUGGAUCAAGGUGUAGCGGCAUCCCAGACCGCGACCACGAUCUACGGGGUGGUGGAUCUUUAUGGAAUGGCUGCCAAAGUCACCAUUGUCCACGAACAAAAUCAUGCCGACCGUCUGAGGAGAAACACGGCCAUCAUGCGUGCGAUUUCUCCCGAGUCCACCAAUCGCAGGGCUAGGGCGACCGCUGGCGGUGCAGGCCACAGCAGCGGCCUCGCCACCGGCAGAUUGAACUCGCGUUCGGAGGCCGACACGUGCGGCACGGCACGGGCCACAGCCGCCCCCAUGCCUCUACUCGCAGGAGAGAACUUUGAUGAGAGUGUUGAUUUUUGUGGAGAUCUCGAGACACGGAGAGGGGCGGAGAGGACCACUCGAGCUGUCAGGGAACGAGAGAGAGUGAUGGACGAAGUGGGAUGGAGAGAUGAAGAGCAGGAGACAGAGAGAGAAACGCCAGAGGUGGCGGAAGGAGAGAAGAGCGCAGAAGACGACAUGAAUUCCUCGAGAGAGAGGAGGCGGGAGCAGAUAUCAGGAGGAGAUGCGUCGGGUCUGUUCGAGAGAUACGAAGAUAUUCAGAGCAGAAGAUGCAGGAAUGGAGAAGUAGGAGGAGGUAGACAGAGCCUGGCGGAUAGGGAAACCAAUAGAGACAAUUACCUGAGGUCCGAUUUGGACUAUUUUUCCAGUCUGUCCAGCUAUACGGAUUUUGGAAUCGCCUAUUGCCGAGCUCAUGCCACAAGAGAAAACUUGCUCCGCUCUGCACGUAGCAGAGAAUUGCAGGUGGAGAGAGAGCUAAAUCGGGAAGAGGAGAUGGACACGGGCAGACAGGUGGAGAUAGAAAGUGACAGAGGGAGACUUUUGCCAGAACUGAAUUUGCCUACAAAUCUUUCCGACGCAAGGCAUCUCAUUGCUCACACGAACGUGCGGUUAGCCGCGUCGUGGAGAGAGAGGGGGGGAAAUGGAGAUGAAGAUUUAGAGAAUGGAAGGGAGAGAGAUGACAUCGGAUUGGGGUUGAGCCAUUCAAGUUUCUUUACAAAUGCCAGAUUGUCAACAUGGAGAGAAAGAGAGACAGAGAGGGAGAGAGACAGAGGGACAGCAGUGAAUAGAAGCAUAUGCACUCCAGAACCAAAUCAGCUCUCACUUCCUACUGCUGAAGCGAUUUUUGCCAAUAGUGAAUUCUCUGGUUUGGACAAUGGAUCUGACGUUGAACUUAAUGGACAGAGUUGUAAUGCCACAGCAUUGGCCGGUGGUCCAAGUGUGGGUGGCUGCGGCUCCGGAGAGAUGGAGGCAUCCGUGACGACGGUGAUAGAGGGAGGUGAAGGCACUCCUGGGGAUUGUGGGCCACUGCUCUUCCACCCAAACUGUGGGCAGCGUGCAGCCGUGGUCAAUGGAGGACGCACCGCGUUGCGGCCAAAUGCCUUGGAAGAUUUUAACCACGGGGUGGUUCUCUCGAACCGACCGCUCAGGCCGGGAGAGCGAUUUGAAGUGCGCAUCGACCGCAUGGUGGACAAGUGGGCGGGCUCCAUCGAGGUCGGCGUGACCACUCACUCGCCCGUGCGCAUUGCGCUGCCCUCAACCAUGACCAACAUGCGCUCUGGCACGUGGAUGAUGACUGGGAAUGGAGUGAUGCACAACGGAACCACCAUUCUGGACGACUAUGGGCAUAACCUGGAUCGCCUGCGGGCGGGGGACAGUGUGGGAGUGAUCCGCCAUGUGGACGGUGCACUCCACUUGCUGGUGAACGGGGAGGACCAGGGCCGCGCAGUCAUUGGGGUUCCACCGUGCGUGUACGCCGUGCUCGACCUCUAUGGGCAGGCGGCCCAAGCCACCAUCCUUGACUCCACACACGACAUGCCACCACUGCCGGACGAUCUGUCCGACACGCACACCCACCCCACCCCGUGCACCCCUCCGCUCUCCUUGUGCGACUGCGGCAAUGGUCCGGCGCGGUGCGACCUGGUCUUCGCUCACUUUCACGGCACCAACGCCGUCAUCACCAACGGCGGUCGCACUGCCCUGCGCCAGAACCCACGUGCCGAGUUCAAUGACGCCAUCGUCAUCACGAACCGACCGCUGCGGGAUGGAGAGUUGUUUGAGAUUGUCAUUGAGAAGAUGGUGGACAGAUGGUCUGGCUCCAUAGAAGUCGGUGUCACUGCAAUUCUUCCCGAGGAGCUCCACUUUCCAAACACAAUGACAGAUAUCGACCAUGACACCUGGAUGCUGAGUGGCACAGCCAUCAUGCGUGAUGGUAACACGGUGUGCAACAGCUACGGGAGCGACCUGGACCGCCUGGGGUUUGGCUCACGGAUCGGCAUGCUGCGCUCCCGCCACGGCGCGCUGCACUACUUUAUCAACGGCGUGGACCAGGGCCCCGCCGCCACGGGCCUCCCUGCCGAGGUGUAUGCGGUGGUCGACCUCUAUGGCCAGUGUGCCCAAGUGAGCGUCACGGCCUCCAGUGGAGUGGUGGACAACAGCUUGUCGAGCAGCGUGGUCACUCACCUCUCGCUGCCCGAGGACUCGCCGCGCUUGCUGGGCGUGGCACACAGGCUACACGCGUGCUGUGGGAAAGGCAUCGUGCUGCGGAGAGAGGGACGCUCGGCUCUACGCCUGCAUGGUUAUGCACACGGCCUGCUCUUCAGCGCCGCGGAACUACGCACCGGGGAGCUGUUUGAGGUGCAGGUGGACGAUGUGAACGAUCUGUGGGCGGGCACGCUGCACGCCGGCCUCACCUCUCUCUCCACCUCCGACCCAGCUCGACUCGCGCCCUCAGCUCUGCAGCUUCGAUCAAAGUUCACAUGGCUGGUGGUGGGUUCGGAGGUGAGAUGCAAUGGAGUCACACAGAGGCAGAACUAUGGCGCUACACUGGACAGACUACGCGUGGGUAACAGGGUUGGAGUGAAGCGCUGUCACGAUGAUACGAUGCAUCUCGUCAUUGACGGCAAGGACAUGGGGCCUGCAGCCACUGGGGUGCCAGCGGGCGUGCACGCCGUGUUUGACCUGUACGGCACCGUGACAUCGGUGACGGUCACUAGCACGGGCUGUGCCCUCGUGUGCGCCAGUCCGGAGAAGAUCCCCGGCACUGUCUCCGCUCUCCAGCCCACCCUGCCGGAAUUGGCUUGCUCCGCGUGGGAGUCGCCCGUGUUUGUGGACGGGAGGAACCUGCUGCUGUCCAACCACAAUCGCACGGCAACGCGCCGGGACGGCUGCUCGCAGGCGGUGGCCAGGACGGCGCACGUGCUGCCCCGCCAGUGCCUGCUACAGGUGUGUGUAGACCGCCUGUCCCACGAGUGGUCAGGCUCGCUGUGUUUGGGGAUGGAAAGUGUCAGUGAAGGCCACUCUCCAACGGCGCACACCCCAACGGCGCGCACCCCCUUGGCGCGCAGCCCUGCGACGCCGCCCUCUUCAAUCGUGCAGGGGGGCCGGCAGCAGAGCUGGCUGAUCCGCGGCCGUGCUGUCUACCACAACUCCACCAAGAUCCGGGACGGCUACGGGCCGGGCCUCGACUCGCUGGCAGAGGGCACGCGCGUUGGCCUGCUCGUCGACGCGCUUGGAGCGUUGCACCUGUACGUGAACGGCGUCGACCAGGGAGCGUGCGCCGCCCACGUCCCCGUGAACACCCGCGUCGCCGUGCACCUCUACGGGUGCUGUCUGAAGGUUACCCUGGUGACGGACGAGGGUGCGUGCGGGGAGGAAGGCUGUGAAGAUAGAGAGAAAGCCGACAUGGUGGACGGCUUGAAGGAAGGCGUUUUGAGACCUCCAGCGUGUGUUGACGGAAGCGUCCUCCGAGCCGUCUGCGAUUACCAGGCGGUUUGCGUGCGGUUCAGGGACCUCCUGGCUCUCCCAGGAGGCUUCUUCACGCCGUGCGUGUCGUGCUUCUGCACGUCAUGUUGCCACCUACGUGACGAUGAAGCGUAUCGCACGAGGGGAGAACCACCACGGGACUACAGCCUGCCUCUCGGAUGGGUACACUUCACUCUCCGGACGAAUCCCCGUAGCGACGCGACCUUCCUGAAGCGGUGGCACGUAGCCUAUCAUGGGGCCAGCAUAGGUGAUGUUCGGCGCUCACUCGACCACGGAGAGCUGUAUGCAGCUUCAAAAUGCCCCCUCUUUGCACAGAAGAUGAAGGCAGAUGAAAGCGGUGCGCACACGGCCACUGAAGGCCAGGCUGCGGGCCAGGGUGACGUCGUAACGGGGCUGCUCACGGCGGCCGUGCGACUGUCUCCAUCUCUCCCGCAUGCGAGCCGCGACUGCAGCUACAUCACGUUCCGCGACCCCAAGACUCAGAGCAUGCACGGGGCUCAGGUGGCUUUCCAGGUGUGCGUGCGGCCCGGAGCUUACAAGUACAGCGCUCACCCGGCCGUGAACACGGGACACGCCGCACACCCCUUCCAGCCCGCACGCAGCGCGCACGCGUUGACGAACACGUACCCGCCGCACACACAGUCUGCCGCCACGCACUCGAACAUACACGCGCCCGACACGCGCUUCCCCAGCUCGGAGAUUGAGUGGUUCACCAAAGAGAGGGGCUCCACCAUCAUCACAGCCUUGCUCAUUCGUGUGGAGUGACCGUUUUACAGACGCCACUUCCGAGAUCCUUGGACGUAUCGCUCCCGGCCGAUUUUGUCCGACAGUUGUGCAGCGUGAAUGAUGCUACCACGACUGCGCGAUUUCCGAGCAAACGCGUAAAAGACACAGCGGUGUUGCUCUUCUCGGAGCCAUGCGAUUGUCCUGAAGCAGCUGUGCUCAGUCGACUGUGACUGGCAAUGAUGGAAUUAAGUGACGCUGAAAAUAGCAGGAAGCAACUCGUUUACAGCAUGGUGCAAUAGCGAAUAUUUCACCAGUAGUUACCUUCCUAGAGGCACCAGCCUGUAGAUUUGUGUACAGUUAAUGACCUAGAUAUUUCUGCCAUAUGUGUAACACCACUGAUGUCUACGGAAUUUUGCUGUUUAAUACUCGGAGUCAAAAGCUCGCCAUGAAACUUGCUAGUAUUUAUUUAGCUUAAUAGCAAUAUUUGUUUAAUGGGGCAGUAUAGCAGUUGCAACAAGUGGCGUUGGAAAGGAUGCCCUUGACCUCGAUAAGCACUCUGACUUUUCAUUAAAGAUGUUGAUUAGUAUUAUGUCCUUGGCCGAUACGAACAAGCACGCUCAUCGUUAUCAGUGCAGGACCAUGGCCAGGUUGCAUCCUUUUGAUGCUCGGAUGCAACAAAAAUGAGCCCAGAACCUCGUGCUCUGACAGGUGGCCCGAGAACAACAAAACACGUUGAAUUACAAACACACUUUAACAUUCGUGAAAAUCUGAAUAAAUUACCUCGUACACAGGCCCUGUGAGUUUACGCAUUGUUUUCCGAAACCAUCUGUAUAUGGGGAUCAUACACACAGGCUGGGUGACUGCACAAAUGGCUCAAUAUACCACGUGUACUCCAGAAGGCUUGGGACAUUUAUCUGCAUGUGCAUUCAUAAUCAUAGCCCACUCAUAACGUUGUUCCGGUUUCUGAGCUUGUGCAUUUUAGAAGCUGAUUUUUGAAGCCGAAUAUUUUAGGCAGAGAGCAGAUUCUCACGGUUGGCUGCAUGCACCGGCUGGACAGGGAGCGGGGGGUCGUUCAUCCUCCCGAGUGGAUCACACGGACGGUCUUCCUUGUGCGUGGAGCUGCCGCUUCAGCGGUCCCCGCUGUCUCCACAGCUCAGUGCGAGCCUCAGCUGCAGCCCUUCCCACCUCCGCUGCUUUUUUCUAUCCUGCCCACAAUGGGAAUCUUGCAGACAUAAGUAUCAAUAACCACUCUUCACUUUGGGGUUUAGCGACCAAGGGGAAUGUCCAACAGUAGAUGGCGGGAUACUACUCGAGCGCAUCAAUGGCACUGUGUGAGUCUACAGCCAGAUUGUGGGAUACUGUUAGGGCAGAUCUUGGAGGUCAUGUGUCUCCCUGUGCAGCUGCUACGGAUAUGUUGGCAAGCGAGGUGCGGUUGUGGCAUCAAUCGCUUUGUCCAUGAUGACAUCUAGUUGGUGAUGUAUUGAGAGGUGGCAGUCAAGUCCUAGACAUGACGAUUGAUGUGAAUUCCGUUCACUCUCGAGGUUGUUACCCGUCGCAAGUGCCUCACAUUGUCACAGCCACGUGUAUUGUUCUGGUGCCUUAUGCAUUAAAUUCUUGGAACGGAGCGUGGAGACGAUAUGAGACCGGUUUUAAAUGGCAUUGCACCACAAUUUACACGGUUGAACCUUUUAAAAUAAGCAGUCGUCUUUCAUUGAACUAUUGCCAACAUGCAAAUGUUGCAACAGAUUUAUACUCGUGCGCGUGAUGGGACAUGGCUGCUAGAGGUUGAGCGCAGAUUUAACCGCAUACAGCACGCGAGGUGACGCGAGCAAGCGCCACGUGGGUGCAUGCGCAGCACACGUGUGUGUGCACCCGCUGCGCAUGCACGUGUGUACCACAUGCUUACCCCACGUGCAUCGUCGUGUUUGCCGUGCGUGCACGUCAGUGGGCUGGCUAGUGACGUGCAAUGAUUCUCUUUGCUAUUUAUAUAAAACGGUCGUAUGUGUAACAUAACCAAGUACAGAGGGAGCGACGUUAUUAAUACGUACAUUUAUUUACAAUUGCUUAUCCGAAUGAUUUAUUGAACGCUGAUUGUUAACGAAACUGGAAUUGUUGGUGUCGUGUGCAAUAAAGAUUAAUAUUCACGUUU